AUGGCAGGACAACCAGUUACAUCACAACCACAUGGUGGAAAUGCUACCCAACAUUUAACUAAUUUCGAUAAAGAUUGGCAUUCUGGUUUAUUUAGCUCAAUGCUUGACUGUCCAGACUCUGCUAUUGCAUGUUGUUGUUGCUGUUGGUAUGUUGGUCUUGUGGCUGAACGUGCUGGAGAAAGUUUUUGGGCUGGUUGCUGUAACGCACCAAUUGCUCUCUUAGCAGUACGAUCAAAAGUACGAGGAGCAUUUCGAAUCAGAGGUAACUUAUGUUACGAUCAAUGUAUUUCAUCAUGUUGUUGUCAAUGUGCAUCAAUGCAAACAAAACACGAAUUAGAUUAUCAAGGAGUUUCUGGUCUAGGUCCACGAUGGCUCGGAAAUAAAUCAUAA